AUGGAAUCGGCGAAAGCCUUUCUACAAUUGCCAGCAGCCAUAUUUGCUCUUUUAGGAUUAAUUACGAUAUUCAUUGUUGUAUAUGCCCGAGAAUUACAGCAAUGGUUACAAAGUGGCUUGUGGAUGUCAUGCCAAACAAGACCUUCAGGAAUGUAUAUGUGCUCAUAUGAAACGUCACAAGGAAUUUAUGGUUCACGUUCUCAAAUGGAUGUACUCAGUCAUGAUGCAGGUGAUCUUCACUUUCAUGGUGAGCAAGAUUUCAGAUCGUUCGUAGAGCACACAAAACUUUUCAAAAUAAUUACUCUCCUAUGUGUUGGUGCUGCUGUCACAUUUGCUAUUUAUUCAACAAUGGUUGAUUACCGAUUCCUUCAAGUAUCCGUCAGCGGAAUUUACGAAAAACAUCGUGGAUACUCAUUCUAUAUUGCCGUUCUUGGCAUUGUUUUUUAUUUACUCUCACUAUGUUUAUCACUAGCCUAUACUAUCAACACGAUUCGGAAACCUCGGUUGAACUAUGGCAGUGUCGAACGAAUGCGAGAACAAGUCAGUCAAAAAUUUUUUUCAGACACUCACAAUUUUGUUUUUCAAUUAUUAUCACUGUGUUUGUGCUUAUUUUUGAUUACUAAUUAUUUACUUAGUUGA